GUCACAGCUCAACAGUGCACUUCUUUGGCCGCCAUAUUAAUUUAUUUUAGAUUUGGCGCCGUUCAGUGUGUACCGGUUUAUUUUACUUUAAAUGUGUGAGUAGUGUUAUAAAUGUGAUAUAAUUCAUUAGUUUCAGUUUCUUUAAUAUUAAAUAAUUGUAUUAUUUAAUUCCGUUUCGAAAUCUGCUUAUUUUAAAGAACCAUCGUGUUAUUUAAAUAUGGUAGUGAACUUGAAGAAAGAAGGCCUCAUUAGAACUUUCAACUAUAUGUUUGAUGUUGGUGGGUUUGUGCGCUGCGUUCCCUCAGGUUCCUCCCCUCUACCCGGCAGGAGUCGAUCCCAGGCUGUGCCCCAGCUAUCCUCAAUGUGACAACAAGAUCUUAGCAGAAUACGCCAAAAAUCCACUGCCGUUUCAACAGAAAUUGAAAAACGGAGACAUCGACCACUUCUUCUUCAGUGCCCCAGGAUACCCAGUGGGCCUGUCCCCAAUACAGUGCCCUAACUACCCCUUCUGUCAUUAAGGGCAAGAGGACCACGAUUCGCUAGUCAAUGGAUGUCGAUCCGCCAGUCAAAG